UCUACUUUGUGGAAGCCGAUCACCCAGCAGCAGCCUAGCUGGUGGAAGGGCUUAUUCCAGCAGGAGCAGGUGGCGCUGCUUUGCCUCUCUGGCAGCCUGGAGAGUGUCCUAUAAACUUCAUUUUCUGUCUUUCCAUCUAAUUGCUGCUUUACCGAGAAACAGUGGUGAAGUAGACUCUUUAAAAUGCCUCUUUCAGGAGGAAUGCUCUGGAGGUCAGAAGCUCGCAGCAAGUUUUUAUAGAUAGCCAUACAGAGCUGAAGAAUCACAAGCUGAAAUGAGUAACCGAGAGGUUGAUGUUCUGCGUUGCUGGAAAUGUAGAAAAUACAUAGCAAAUUCUGUUUGCCUUGCCAAAUGUCAUGGAAAAGAACUGUAUGAUGCACAGUGGACAACUGGAAAACUACGCUGUCCAUUCUGUGAGGGCUGCUUAGGGGUUUUUAACUUUGUUCGCAACACAAAAUGUUCCUGUGGACAGUUAGUAAAUGUACAUUUCUGCAGAAGCCGGACUGACUAUCAGCCGGCUUUCUCUGUUACAUUGGCAAAAUCAUCAGGAAAACAAUUACCUCCCCUCAAAAUUCAGUCUGGCUAUAGCGAGGAUACUUGCCAUGAAGUGGUAACUGCAGCUUUGGAAAUCAAAAAUCAAGGGCUUUCAUACAUAGCCAGAAGUAGUGAUGGCACUGGAAGACUAACAGAAGCACUUUGUCUAGAAGUAAGAGCUUCCAGAUUUGAGAUGAAAAGUAAAACACUUCGCUUAAAGGCAUCAGAUCAAGAAAGAAAUCUUUCUGCUUUCUGCCCUGGGAAUGAUGCGUGCACUGUAAAACCUUUUCACAGAAGAUCACAUAGUUUGGAUUUAAAUAUCAGAGAGACAUUUGUUUUGUCACCUGCAUUAUAUGAAACUUGCAGUACGGGAGCAAUAUACCACGGACAAAAUGAAAAUCGAUCUGUUUACACGGAAAAUGGCUUGCAAUUAAGGUCCGGUAGGAAAGAUGGUAGUUCUUUUCAGGAAUUACAUCGUUCCAGUGCUGACAAACUGCAAAAAAGGUUUCGAGUUACUUCACAUACCCCAUUAGUACAUAGAGAAACAGAAAGUGAACGUGAUUUUGAAGCUACUGGACAAUCUUCUGGGAGUGCCAUUGCUGAUGAGUCACCUUUUGUGGUGAAAUAUUGUUCACCUACUAGUACUGUAGAAGGGGAACAAUACGUAACACCUGUGGGUCUUGUGCAACCUACAAAUAUUUCCUUCAACCGAAGACUGAAUAAGAGAGAAAGAAACAAGUUGAAAAGCUUGAAGAGAAAACAAAGAAGGCAAGAACAGUGGCUACAGAAGCAAGUAGUAAGUUGUUUUGGUGCUCAGUCUCACUUGAUGCAAAACAGGCAAAGCUGUGUCAAAAGACAUGUAAAGAGAUUGAUUGAAGAUCAGAUACAGGCAGACCUGGUGGUUCCUCUUGGCUGCACAGUGACACAGCUUGUACUGUUAAGUAGUAUUCUCCUUGAGACUGCCAAUGAUAACCUGCCUCCAGAUGAUGAGCAUGAACUCAGAGGAGAUAAAGAAAGCUAUCUCUGUGCAGUGUGCCUGGAUGUUUAUUUCAAUCCUUAUAUGUGCUACCCAUGCCACCACAUCUUUUGUGAACCUUGCUUAAGGAGGCUUGCCAAAGACAAUCCAACCAGCACUCCAUGUCCUCUGUGUCGCACUACAAUUACCAGAGUCUUUUUCCAAACAGAACUGAACAACUCUACCAAAUCUUUUUUCCCUAUGGAAUAUUUGAAGUUAAAAGAAAAUUUUCAAAAAUCAAAUUCUGCAAAAUGGCCUCUACCAAGCUGCAAGAAAACUUUCAGAGUUUUUGAAAUCUGUUUUUCAGCAGGUUUUCAAAGACACACAGGUACUGUAACAAGGAGGCAUUUCCCACAUGCUGCUCACCGAAUGGACUACAUGGACUUUGAGGAUGAUAGCCGUGGAUGGCGGUUUGAUAUGGACAUGGUGAUAAUCUACAUUUAUUCUGUCAACUGGGUAAUAGGAUUUAUUGUGUUCUGUUUUCUUUGUUAUUUCUUCUUCCCUUUUUAGUCUGUAGUAAUCACAGUUAAUUAAAACAGCGGUUGUGUGAACCAAAGUAAUGUGAACAGAAACAAUUUGAAGAAGGCAAAAUGUUUGUUUGAUAUUGCAUUUUUAUCGUUCAGAAAUGUAUUAGACUGCAUCAAGCUUGCUGUAAGGCUGUAUGAUACUUCUGUGUGACAUAGGAUUUGAGCUUGAUUCCAAAUAUAGUGUGAAAUCCAGGUUAUAAUCCAUUCAGUGGGAGUUUUGCCUUUAUUUUGGUCGGAACAGGAUUUACCCCAAUGUAGAAAAUAAUUGCUCUGUAGAAAUAAAAGGUACUGCUUGUGCUCAGAGGAGUUCUGUGUCUUACAACAGAAUAUGAUCCACAGAGUCAUUUUGGGGUUUGACUUUAUGUCAAUACACUAUGCUCACUUUCCUUCAGUUCCUCAUAGGUAAAAGCAAUAGAGAUGCUUCCCAUUUGUAGUGAGAUCUUUUGGGAAUGGGAGGUUAUAAGCACUGCAGUUCUGCACCACAAUAUUGUACAGACAUUCAUCAGAGCUAUUUCAAUGGUAUAAUCCAAAUUCUGGAAAAAUUUGACAAUCGAUAGACCUGUCAGCAUCCUGCUGUGGAGAUAUGCUGUACUCAGUGCCUGAAAUUUUAACCAAUAUGGUUUGAAUAUUAACCAAAAAAAGAGAAAUGACAGUGAACAGUGUGCUGACAGUUCAUCUUUUCAGCAAGUGACAAUCAGAAUCAAGUAACAACCCCAAGUUCUGCACAUUAAAGGGACCAUUUCUGUGCAUAUUCCCAGAAUAACACUGGACCUUUUUUCACUCAUCAGAUGAGUGUAUUUGGAUCCAGCAAGACAGUUGAUGGAGGGCAAGCAGCAGACCUGCUGCCCCUAAUGCCAUGACACACUAACCCCAGGAAAUACUGGAGAAAGAAGGAUUCUCCAUUGUAAGAAAUCAGUAUCAUUAUAAAAACAACCUGAAGUGUUGGCUCACUAGGACUAUGUGUCUCCAGGGAGAACACACAGUAGUCAUUUGCAGCUUUCAUUGGAAACAAUUCUAAAGCACUUCAUAGUUAUUCUAUAUAUAGAUUGCUGAGUUACAGUACCAAACUGCAGCCAGUUCAGCAAUCAUUCCAUAUGUGCUGCUUAACACAGUCUUUUCAAAUGAAAGUGAACGAGCACCUGUUAAAUUAUUAAGGGGAUAUUAGAAACUAUUGCAGGAAGCAGGUGCUGAAGAAUGGUACAAGGUAGUUCAGGGACUUACAUGUUAGGACAGCACAAGGAAGUUUUUAUUUCUAAGAGCGUAACCCUGCAAAGUACACUCUGGUUUCAUCUAGAAAAGCAUGUGAGUCUAUGUACAUAGUCCCUCUGGUAUCAGGAUUUGUGGGGGAGACCUGCGUUUUUUUUCAGUAGGUGGUGUACUCCCCUGUUCUACCAGAGAACAAGAAGAAAUGUGUUGUGGAAGGUGCCAUAUGCCAGAAGUGAUGGAACUGAAUGAAUGUAGGGGUUUUAUUAAGCAUGUGGUUUUGCUUCUGUACUGGAGCAGGGCCAGCAUGGUCAGUGACCUAUACGCUAGAAACUGGUCAGGACCAGAAACUUUCACUUAAUCUGAAAAACAGGCCUAAAUUACCUACUAAUAUUUAGUUUUCUUAUAGGUUGCAUAAAGCUGUCUCUUCGAGAAUAUAUGCAUAUAACUAAAAAUUACAAGCCUAACUACACUGAUGAGACUAAAUAACUUAAACCAUCAUUUUUAGUAUAUGCAAAAUUAAGGAGAUAUUAUUAUUGACGUUCACCAUCACCACAUAGUCAUGGUUGUGACAGAAAUGUAUUUUCUGUAAUUACAGUAUAUCUUGUUACUUUGUCUCUACCUAAACGUGAUUGGUGCUUUUACUGGUGGCAUUAGGCAUGAAGUUUUGAAAGCUUCAAGCUUGUAGUAAAGCACUUGGUUAAUCUCUUUAGAUUGAUACAAAUAAGUCUUUUAAAAGCUAGUUGGUUUAGGUCAUAGGCUCUUGCAUUCCUACAUGCAGACGUGUAUGUCAGUAUAUUCAAAUUUUAUCAGUAAUUUUAAACAUUUUUCUCAUCUGUGCCAGGACUGGAAUGCUAAAUGAAAUUCUUUUUGCCUCUCUAAUCUUAUGAAUUUACUGCUUCUAUCUCAGCAAAAGAGAGAGACUGAUUCACCUGUUAAGCUGGAAUUGCAUGUACCUUUUGAUCUCGGCAAAUACUAAAAUAAAAAGAUGUCGUGAAAAGCUAAUUAUAUUUAGAUGACAUAGUCAGCUACAUAAAAAUUCCAGUAAUAUAAAAUUAUUUAAGUAGGUUAUCUGAUAAAGCAAUAUUCUUAAGUAAAUUUUCCAAAAUACAUUGAGACAUAAAAAACCAGUAUGACUAGUAACUAAUUAUAUGAGAACGAGUUACUUAUAUAAUUUUAAUAUGUUGCCACGGUUUUAUUCUGAAAAGGGCAAGAAAGGGGAGUAAAAAAAUCCAAUGUGAUGUUGGCACCAUUUGUACAUUUUCAGCAAGAAUUGAUGACUGAGAGUGGCUGAAUUUUCCUAAAGUUAGUAGGAGUAACAAUUUUGUAUGGCAUUUCUAACUGUGUAGCUCUACCUUUCCUCAAGGCUUAAACAAUAAACUGUUUCUAGGGCUAUGUAGUUUUACUUUAUAUUGGUUGUUAUUCAUUUCAGGCGACAAUUAGUUUUAAAAGAUUAUAUAUGUACACGAGACCUGCAACUCUGAGAGAUAUCCUCCAUAGGAAAACUCCUAAAAGGUGCAGAGUGGAGGUACUUUUUUUUUGUCCUUUAUUGCUUUUUGGGGAUACAUACUUUUGUAAAAAUACAAUAACAAUUCAAUGUUAUUGAAGUCUGCCUGUAAAAUACGAUUAGUAUCUGUGGGAGCAAGAGCAGGUCAUUUGUAAGCAAUUUUCUUGUUAAACCAAUUCUGCUCUGCAAGCUUGACUUUCUUGUCUACAAUAAUAUUAAAAUGUUUGCAAUAAAAUUUGGGUUGUUUCUAACAUUUUGCAGUCAUUUCGCUAGAUUCUUCUUGAAUU